CAUGGGUGACUUAGGUAUUGGAAAACCGUAUUACCAUGGAGAAGAUGAAUUCGAUGGUAUAGAAGGGUUUCUAUAUGAUUUUGAGAGUUACGGCAUGUCAAAAAGAGCAUCAGACGAUAAUUGGGAUGUAUUAAAAAUUGCCAUUGUUAAGAAAAUUAAAGGUAUUAGUAAGGAUGAACGAAUAGGGAUAUAUGACGAUUUGGAAGUCAAGAUCACUGAGUUAGUUCAAAUGAAACAGAAAGAAGAUGAAUCUGUUGAAAUGUAUACAUACUGUUUUGAUACAUGUGUAGAACCAGUUGAGAAUAUUGUUAAUGAGGACGAUAUAAUAU